CGGAAUGGCUGUAAAAUGGUAACUGAUCCAAUGAGAAUAUUGACCAAGUGGAUGCUAUUCGGUUGAAAUGGCCAGAACUUUUGUGAGAAGACGACGUAGAAUGUAUAGAAGAGGGUCUUUCGGUUGUCGGGUGCUUUUGCGCUUGCCUUUUCGAUGUACUGCUCGACGGUGACAGGUUGAAUACAGAUGACAUUAUUCGUAAUAACAACAAAGCUUAUGCUUGUGCUUUCAUUCCUAUAAACGAGCGUAAUGAACACAGACGAUGAUAAUCAGUCUAUUGACCUAGACGAUUUAGAUUUCGAUGAAGAAGACAUUAAGCAAUUAGACGAGGCAGUAACGACUUACUUACAAACACAGCAAACGCAACAGAGACCAUGGGACCAAAAAGCAGCAGCUACUCAAGAUGGACAGCGACAGGCUUCCACCUAUCACACUAUCGCAGCUGGCUAUGUAACCGAUGGGCCUUUUGUGAAACAAGAGCCAGACGAUAAGCAGGAUAGUAGACGAAUAAUUGAAGAUUUGCAACAUAGAAUACAAGCAUUGGAGUUUGAUAAGCAAAUGCUGGAACGAAAGUUGAAUGAGCAAACAAAGCGAGAAAAAAUUGUAUCAGAAGCCGAGCAAAUCUUGACAAAGAAAAAAAAAAGAACCAACCCAGGCACUCCUACUAUCACACACUCUCCUGCUGUAGCAGGCACUCAACAGCUACCGCCGUCGAACAGAGGAUCCACACAAACCAGCUUUCCCACCGUAGCCCCAGCAUGGAAGCCAAAAAAUAGAAGGAAACGCGCCGAGUCCCCUCAUAGUGCUUUCAGUCUAUCGAAUGAAACGUCGAAAAUGACCCUUCAUAGUCAGAUGAGAGCAGCACCCCAAGGUGAUGAAGAGGACGAUCAUGCGAUUUCUACUGCCACUGUCGUGCCUACGACACAUGAUGUUAAAUCAUGCUCUGCCAGUGGCAUGGUUUUGCCUGAUCAUGCGGAAAGCAGUAGAUUGUAUAAAGAUGGACCGUCGUUGUCUCAAACACAAAGAACAUCGACAUCCAUGUCCAUAGAGGAAGAACCGCCUCUCAAGAUAGCCAAAGUACCCGUCAAGCAGGCUGAUGAUCCUUAUUCUGCAUUGAAUGGAACACCUUCUUUUCGUUCGAUAACCAGUACCCCUACAACGCCAUUUAUACCCUUUCCAUCCAAUGAAGCUUACCGUGAUUUAUUGCAGCUUAUUUUUGAAGAUAUCUAUCUGGAAUGGAAUAGAACACGACACAAAUAUACCAAAAACUACUUGAUGGCUUUCACGCCAGAAAACAUACAACAAUGGAGUGAGCAAUAUGCAUCCUACUUUACAGAUAUCCCUUCGACCCUCACGCUUGACAAAAUCCAUGAACAACGACUCAACAUGAUCGCUUCAGAAAUCCGCUACUACCUGUCGGGUCAAAUCCAAGACGCCAAUGUUAUUAUCCGCUCGCUCAUUAUUCAGUUUGGUUACUGCCUACCCAUUUGCAUUCAAUACAAGCUCUAUACGAUCAUCGAAUGCAUCAGUAUGACACUCGCUCGAAUAACCGCUUCUUGGCACCAAGCAGUACAACAACAACAGCAGCAGCAGCAGCAGCAACACCAACAACAAUUUCAUACGGUAGCUCUUCAACAGCUCUACAAUGAAAUGAUCAGCCAUCGAUCGCAUGCUGUCCUUUACCAACUCGUUCAAUGUCUCUCUCUCUUCACGUUCAAGUACCAUAAUGACCGCAAGCCCUCACCUUUAAAACAGCAGAUCAUUACGGAAAAAUAUGCAGACUUGUUGAGGGAAGAUAUCACGUAUACAGAGAUCAUGACGCUUGUCAACCAACAUCAGACGUAUCCUUCUGUCAUCAAUGCUGCGAUCGAGGCCAAGUUGACACCGAAAGAGGCCUACAGCACGAAAAGUAUUCAAUGCAUUUUGGAAGUAUUAACGAGAGUAAGCCGACAGUAUCCAAAUAAGCCAAUGUAUGUAUAUCUCUCUCAUUUUCGUGGGUGAUGUUGGGUUGGGUUGGGUUGGGUUGGUGGAGGAGGGGGGGGGAGGGCGAUCAGGCAUUUGACUGAUGUUUCGAUGCGUAGUUUCUUAUUUAUUCUGACAGACGAGGGAUUUUUAAAGUUAUUAUCGGAAGAAACGCCAAUGGAGAUACUGUUCUCUUGUCUCAUUGUUAUUCAAGCCAUGUUGAAUGGAAAUAAGGAUUGGUCAACUGUGGAUGGAGAUGGACUGUUUGAAA